AUGAUAGCGAGUGAGACAUCACAGCAGGAAUCGAAGUUACCGAAGCCUCUGAACGACAGCCCAUCUAUCGUUACUCUGAGUCCACCGACGGCUGAUGAAUACACCCGCGAGGAGGUUGGUGGAGUGACGCACAGUGAAAUGGCUCUUUGGCCACAGUCAGAGGAUGUCGGCUUAUCAGAUCUUUUGGGCUUCGAUUCGACGAACAUGUUUGAUCAAGAAUUCGUUGGUAGUCUUGACUCGAUCGCUAUGGAGACUCCGGCCUUUGACUUUUCGACUUUCGACCGGGUACCUGAUUUCAGCUUUGAUACAUCAUCUCAAGGGAGCCCUUGGUUGGAUCCUAAUCUUUCCAGUCAAGUACAACCACUAGGGGUAGAUCCAGAUCCCUCCAUGCGGCUUCUGAAAUGUUGGUUCGAUGAAGUAUGUCCGGCCUGGUCCGGCUUCGACUCCAAGUCCAACAUGAAUAGAAGGAUGGCCGAACAUCUUUGGCAAAGCUCGCCUCCCGUCUUCACCGCUCUUCAAAGUAUGUCAGCUAGUUUUCUCUCGGCACGAUUACCGCAGAUGAGGCAAUCCGCUAUGAAUCUGCUCAAAACAGCAACGCUGAGUGUCCAGGCAGAGAUCCAGGAGCUCAAUGAGAAGAAUGUCCUCGAUGAGAUGCCAACCGGUAUCCUGUUCGCACUAAUCUGCCUUGGUACAACAAUUUGUUGGCUGGAUACUCGUCGGGUGGGUUGGCCGUUUCUGCAAGAAGCGAAGACGCUGCUUCGUUGGACCUCGCAGCAGCAAUUCGCUGCAAAUGCUGACAAGCUGGAUUUCUUCAAUAAGAGUCUCGUCUACUGGGAUAUGUUGAUAUCUUUCAUAUAUGAUCCAGAACCAGGCACGGAUAUUCACGAAGUCAGUGUAAUAGCGUCUAGCUCCCCAAGAUCUGUAUCUAUGGAUACUUAUAGCCAGUCCUCCUAUGAGGCGGAUCCUCAUCCAUGGACAGGCGUCUCACUCCUAAGCGCGACCCUCUUCACGCGGUCAGUUCGCCUCUGUAGGGUCCUACGACGUCGCACUACUGAACGAGCACCGGACUCUCCUCCUCCGACACCAGAGAUUGAGCAAGCAAAGGAAUUGGAGGUAGAGUUGCUACAGCUGCAGCUUUCUCCUACACCAUUACUCAACGAUACUGGUGACCACCGCACACCAGCUGCUGACCUUCUACACGUUGCUCAAGGCUAUCAACUCGCCUCUCUGCUCCAACUCUACAAGCAGUUCCCUGCCUUAUUGGCGCCCCGUUCCCAGCUUAUACUGGGAGACCCCAAAGAAGAAGAAAUAAUUAUGCUAUGGCACAAACGCAUCAUACCCCUCACUCUUCGGCUCAUAGAAGUGCUAGAGAAAAUCCCAUCAGAGUCCGGGAGCUGCGCUAUCCAGCCACUAUUGUAUCUUUGCGCUGCCACUGGGCUUCAAUAUACCCCGACCUCUCCACCUGGAACAGAACCCGGCAACAGCCCAUCCAAGCCAAGGCCAAUGGAAAGUAUUCUUGACUACCUCGAGCUUCUGAAAGACCCAGUCGAACGUGAGAAAAAGGUGGAGGACCCAUUAUCUGUCUCACAGGUGGCCAUCGAUGUAAGCAAAGGGCGAGCGUUUAUCUUGCGGCGCCUGAGUUUCUUCAAAGAAUGCUUGCACCCUGGUCCCAUAGAAGUUGCCGAAAGAUUUACGAAAGAACUGUGGGCAGCUUAUGAUGAAGUGCCUCGCGGGACUAUGGAUAUUUGUUGGAUUAGUCUUAUGGAUAAGAAGGACCUACGAACGUUGUUUGGAUGA